CUCCCGCCCCCCUCCUCCUCCUCCUCUUUAUCACCCUCCUCAGCAGCAGCAGCGACUGCAGCAGCAGCAGCACCACAAGACCGGAUCCUCGGAGAAAGCCCCUCCGCUCUGCGACGAUGGGCCGCCAGCCACUCACUCACUCGCUGACGUGUCGAUCUUGAGCUAUUCCAGCCCUUAAAUAUGAAUCAUGCGUUUGAUCGCUACGGCCACUUUGCUCGUCAGCAUCCUCCCGCUUUGGCUUCUUCCAUCACCAGCGUCGUCCGCUUCUCCAGGAGACGAGGAGGACAAGGUUGAGAGGGAGCAACAGGCGACUGCAGCAGCACCCAGCACCGACAACACAAGCCAGCAUGCGGUGGAGCAUGUGAUCACCUACCCAUCACGCCUGAUCUACUACCUCAACGAGGAUGCGGAGAGCACCUACCACGACCUGGACACCCGGGCGAAGAGCCCAGCCCCGCAACAGCAGGCCGUUCAUCUCGCUCAAGCCAGCUUUCAGUUGGAGGCGUUCGGCGAGAGAUUCGUUCUGGAUUUGACGUUGAACAAUGAUUUGUUGUCUUCAGAUUAUGUUGAAAUCCACUACGAGGGAGGGAAGCCGGUCCUGUCCAAGGGCGGGGAGCACUGCUACUACCACGGCCAGGUGAGGGGGAACCUGGACUCCCACGCAGCUCUGUCCACGUGCAAUGGGCUGCAUGGGAUGUUUGACGAUGGAGUCCAUGUCUAUCUAAUUGAGCCCCUGCAACAGGGCCAUUCGAUGGACUCGGCUGCUCGGCCACACAAACUCAAACGAAGCACUUCUCUUCAGUGGGACAGCAAUCUGGUGGAGGAAUUGGAGGACGCUCAGCUCUUCUCUGAGGUGGACAACUUGUCCUGGCUGAAACGCAGAAAAAAGCGAGCGAUGCCACGCAGCAUUUUUGAGGAGAUGAAGUAUCUGGAGGUGAUGAUCGUCAGUGACCACAGUAUGUACAAGCGGCACAAGACGAAGCAGCAGUCACAGAAUUUCGCCAAGUCGGUGGUGAAUCUGGUGGACGCCAUCUUCAAAGACCAGCUACACACCCGCGUGGUCCUGGUUGCUGUGGAGAUCUGGUCUGACAGGGACCAGAUUCCCAUCAGUGUCAGACCUCUGGAGAUGCUGCGAGACUUUUCCAAGUACCGGCAGCAGAGCAUCAAGCACCACGCGGACGCUGUCCACCUCUUCUCAAACGUGGCCUUCCACUACCGCAGGAGCAGCGCGGCGUACUUUGGCGGCAUGUGCUCUGUAAGCCGGGGGGUCGGCGUCAAUGAGUACGGGACCACGUGGUCCAUGGCGGCGUCCUUGUCACAAAGCCUGGCUCAGAACCUGGGGAUCCAGUGGGACCCGGCAUCAAAACGAAAGGAGUGCGGGUGUGCCGACUCUUGGACCGGCUGCAUCAUGGAGGACACUGGCGUCCAGCAUCCUCGCAGAUUCUCUAAAUGCAGCAUCACAGACUACAAAGAGUUUCUCCUGAAAGGCGGAGGCUCGUGUCUGUUCAACAGGCCGACGAAGCUGUUUGAGGCCACCGAGUGUGGGAAUGGAUUUGUAGAAGUGGGGGAGGAGUGCGACUGCGGCGCCCGGGCGGAGUGUUACAAGGAGUGCUGUAAGAAGUGUUCUCUUGCCAACGGAGCUCACUGCAGCGACGGGCCCUGCUGCAACAGCACGUGUCUGUUCUAUCCCCGGGGCUACAGCUGCCGCUACGCCGUGAACGACUGUGACAUCUCUGAGACCUGCUCCGGGGACUCUGGACAGUGUCCCCCCAACCUCCACAAACAAGACGGCUACUUCUGCCAGGUCAAUCAGGGUCGCUGCUACAGCGGGGAGUGUAAGACCCGAGAGAACCAGUGCAAAUACAUCUGGGGCUCAAAGGCUCUCGGCUCGGAGAAGUUCUGCUACGAGAAACUCAACACAGAAGGAACAGAGAAGGGAAACUGUGGGAGAGAAGGAGAGAAGUGGCUCCCCUGCAGCAAACACGAUGUGUUCUGUGGUUACCUUUUGUGCGCCAAUAUCGGACGUGGCCCGCGAAUAGGAGUCAUGAAAGGGGAAAUCACACCCACAACCUUUAACCAUCAAGGCAGACUGGUCGACUGCAGUGGUGGUCACGUCCUUCUGGAUGACGAGACUGAUUUAGGAUACAUAGAUGAUGGGACUCCCUGUGGGCCGUCGAUGAUGUGCCUUGACCACAAGUGUCUGUCCAUCCAGUCCCUUAAUAUGAGCACUUGCCCGACUGGACCUAAUGGACAGGUGUGCUCUGCCCACGGGGUGUGCAACAAUGAAGCCACGUGCACGUGUGACGCCACCUGGGCCGGGACAGAUUGUAGCAUGCCUGAUCCACCGAAGCAGCCUGAGCCCACUCAGGAGGAAGGACCCAAGGUGAGCGUGGCCACUAACAGGCUGAUAGGGGCAGUAGCAGGGACCAUUCUGGCCCUGGGGGUGAUUUUUGGAGGCACAGGGUGGGGAAUAGAAAAUGUGAAGAAGCGGCGGUAUGACCCCAACGCCACAGCCAUCUGAUCCAGGAGAGAUGCCAAUCACAGACAGACGACUUCCAGGCUUACUUAGUUGGCUAACUUUUUAACGUUUUAUGAAAUCCAACCGUAGUGACAUUUAGAAAUGCAGCCUUCUCAACAUCACCUCACCCCAGUUCCCCACUCUGAUAUCUCUAGAAUAACAGAGCUCCUCUACCAUUUUUCCUCACCAGUGCACAGACGGAAUCUACCGCUGUCGUACUGCGGCGAUUGUUCACACAAAAUUGUGCUGCUUGCUGGCCCUUUUUGGCAUGAAGAGUCCUCUCUGCGGGGCUCUGCAUGGCUACGAAAGCUUUAUAUUGCAAAAACAUCCACAAUGGGAACACUGCUUUUUGGGUGACGGCAAUAAACCUCUGUUUGCUGGUGUGGGCGAACUGAAAAAAGAGUGCAUGUGAGGAUCCGUGAGGGCAGUGUGGACCACCAGGGGAAUGCACACACACACACACACACACAGUCGAUCUGUAUAUAAAGACGUUCAGGUCUAAAAUCUACAGCAUAUUUACAUCAGAUCAACUUUUGGUUUGUAUCUACGCAUGCUGUGUGGCGGGUGCUUUGGUGAAUGGAUUAAAAAAAACUGCAGUUUUCAUUUGGGCCUAAAACGUAAGCAACACUAGCUGCUUCCGGGUCGGAACCGCUGUGGUUCGGAGGAGGAAUUCUAGAGGAAUUCAGACUCAGCCGUGGUGUUUGAACAGCGACUCAAAAGCCAAAGAACCAAUCACCCUGAACAUAUGGAUGUUGUUGCACACAGAGCACUUUCUUCUCUGUCUGCAGCCAGCGGUGCCUCCUACUGCUGAGGGCAAACUGUUUGUCCAUGCAGGCACUUAACACCUGCCCAGGCAGGUCUCACUUCACUCAUCCACGCCCGGCUUCUUCGCUCUCAUACACCGAUAGACUUCAAGUUCAGCUCGACUGGCAGCGCUGCAUGCAAUCACUAUAAUAGUGGGCUUAUAAUUCUAUAUGGAGCCCCCGAAAUCUGCAAGAAAAUAUGCUUCAAACGGUAGGUGCAUGUGGACAACAGAACAUUUAACUUUUAUUUACUAUGCAAAGAGAGAUAUUGCACAAACGUAUGGGUAACGAUGCCAUGCCAUGAAUUCAAAAAACAAUCGGCUCAAAUGUUUGGCCCACGCCUUGUUUCCCACUCACAACUGAAGAGGCUCGGUCUCACAGAGCGGACGGUAACUCGUGUUGAUUCGAUAUUUUCUAAUCACAAACACGACUUUGUGCCUGUACAUGACGAGGCCGGAACAGUGUCCGGGUGCAGGGUUUUGAUUUCCAGUCCAGCUGAUCGUUGGCGUGUUCCAGGUGCUGGUUUUGUUGUGACCCUUCAUGUUGCUCAUUGUCUAGUGUCCUCUCUCACUGCAUCAUGUACAGUUGGACCGAUGAUUAAACUACUGACCAAUUUUAA